AUGGCAAGAAGGGGAAGGAGUGAUGGGGGACAAGAUUGGAUGAUGGGUAUAGACAGAGUCUCAAGAAGAAGAGGAUUGGGAUAUGAAUCCGAGGGAAGGGUGCAAACACAGGCGCACACCAACCAAGGAUCCAGUGAAGAAAACGUAAGAAGAAACAACAAUCUGUUUGGACAUGAUCAAGAGAUACCACCAGAAGAAAACUUUCCACCAAACCGUACUGUAAGGGGAAGACCAGAAACAGGUGAUAGCGUGUCAAGUGUCCAAGGACCUAGACCAGUGAGGCGGAAUAACCCGAUAGAACCAGAUGUUCAUGAUCCACCACAACAAGGAGUAGGAAUGGAGCACACUCUGAAGAUGCUUCAUGACGUGAUAGUGAGGUCACUGCAACAACCUCAGGUGCAACCUCAGCCAUUUAUGCCACCACAACCUACAGUGGCUACACCGAUGUUACCGUUGAUAAUUGCCAUGAAGAAUAUGAAGACACCACAUUUUGAAGGCGGGACAGAUCCAUUUCAAGCCGACCAAUGGCUUCGAACUAUGGAGAAAAACUUUGAGACCCUGACGUGUUCUGAAGAGUCUAAAAAGAAAAUGGCAGUAUAUUACUUAGACAAAGACGCAGCAGAAUGGUGGGAGAGUAAGGAUCGCCAAGUGGGACAUCUGGUCACCACUUGGGUGGCAUUCAAACAGGAAUUUGAACGCAAGUACUUCACUCUUGAGUUCAAGCGACGGCUUCAACGUCAGUUUGCUAACCUAGUACAAGGAGACAAGACAGUUAGAGAAUAUGAAUCUGAGUUCAAGCGACUGCGACGACAUGUGCUGCGAGGACAAGAUGAUGAAGAAACCAUGAUAUCUAACUUUAUGUUUGGUCUAAAACCAGAGUUAGAAAAUAGACUGGCAGUCGGGAACUACGAGAGUCUCACCGAGCUAGUGGAAAAGGCUGUGAAUGUGGAGAUUGGAUUGGAAGCUGAGAAGGCGGCAACUAAGAAAUCCAAGCAGCAUCAAGAAGGAAAGUAUGGUGGAAACCAAAGAUCUUUUAAGGGUAAAGAUAAGGAAAAAGAAUCGGGAGGGCCAAGUCGACGAUCUCUGUUCACAGGGAAAUGCUUUAACUGUGGCAAGAUAGGCCAUAAGUCAAGUGAAUGCUACGGGAAGAAACCUGGAUCCUUUCAGUCAAACUCCUACAAUCCUACAUGUUUCACGUGUGGAAAGAAAGGGCACAUCUCUACCCAGUGCAGCAUCAACCGUCCUAUCCCAGCUACGCCAAUCACUGUCCAUCCUCCUCCAGCUCCACCUGCAAUCGCACCAGCACCAAAAAGACAAGCUAUAGGAGGUAGAGUUUACGCUUUAGAACUAGAGGAUACUAAACCUCCAGGCUCAUCUAAGGGUCCCAUCACAGGAACUUUACAUGUUGCGGGGCAUCCCACACAUGUAUUGUUCGACUCCGGGGCAACACAUAGUUUUGUGACCCCUGAGGUAGCUGCCGAGUUUGUGGGAUCAUUUGUGAUUGACAGGAUGGAUGUGGCUGUAAUGACUCCCAGAGACCAAACCCUCCAAGCAAAAGAAUGCCUCAGAAGAGUUAUGUUAGUCAUUUGCGAGAAGAUGUUCUUGGCAGAUUUGUUGGUGGUGCCCUUAAAAGGAUAUGAAGUUAUCUUGGGCAUGGAUUGGUUAUUAGGCUAUCGGGCACAAUUAGAUUGUGGAAAAGGUUGUAUUUCGUUCAAGGAGAACGGGCAACGACAAAUAGUGUUUUACGGGAUCAGUCCAAGCAAGUCUGUGUCUUUAGUAGCUACCUUGAGAGUGGAAGAUUUGCUUAAGGAUGGAGAAGCAUAUCUGGUAACAAUAUCUGCUAGUGAAGGGCCCACUAGCAAUGGAGUUGAAAUUACAUAUAUUGCGGUAGUACAAGAGUUCGAGGAUGUGUUUGUAGCGUUAAAAGAAUUACCUCCACCUCGGAGUAACCCUUUCACAAUUAACUUGGAACCUGGAGCUAAGCCGAUAGCAAAGGCUCCUUACCGCAUGGCACCCGCAGAGUUAGCAGAGUUGAAGAAACAACUUGAAGAUUUAAUGGAGAAAGGUUUCAUAAGACCUAGCUCUUCACCAUGGGGAGCUCCAGUCUUAUUUGUCAAGAAGAAGGAUGGUAGCAUGCGACUUUGCAUUGAUUAUCGAGGAAUCAACUAUAUCACCAUCAAAGAUAAGUAUCCUCUUCCGAGGAUAGACGAGUUGUUGGAUCAGCUAAGGGGAGCAACUUGGUUUUCGAAGAUCGACUUGGCGUCGGGCUAUCAUCAGAUUCCAAUAUCAGAAGGUGAUGUCAUGAAGACUGCGUUUAGAACUUGUUAUGGACAAUACGAGUUCGUAGUAAUGCCUUUUGGACUUACUAACGCACCGGCGGCCUUCAUGAGAUUGAUGAAUGAAGUCUUCCACGAUUAUCUCGACAAGUUCGUGAUAAUCUUCAUCGAUGACAUUUUAAUAUAUUCCAAGACAGAGGUCGAGCACAAAGCAUACUUGAAGCUAGUGUUGGAGCGGUUAAGAAACCAGAAGCUGUAUGCCAAGUUCAGCAAGUGUUCUUUCUGGAAAAGAGAGAUCGGGUUCUUAGGGCACCGUGUGUCUGGAGAAGGAGUUUCCGUAGAUUCAGAAAAGGUGAAAGCCAUCGAGGAAUGGCAAAGGCCAUCAAUGGUAACCGAGGAAGGCAAAGUAAUUGCUUAUGCAUCAAGGCAACUCAGGAAACAUGAAGAGAACUACCCAACACAUGAUUUAGAAAUGGCGGCAGUGGUGUUUGCGUUAAGGAUUUGGAGAUCGUACUUAUAUGGAGAAGUCGUGGAAGUAUUCACAGAUCAUAAGAGUCUCAAGUACUUGUUCACACAGCCUGAUUUGAACCUCCGACAAAGGCGAUGGAUGGAGUUUGUGGCGGAUUACGACCUGAAGAUUCAAUACCAUCCAGGCAAAGCUAAUGUGGUCGCAGAUGCACUAAGUCGUAGAAAGUUGGCUUCUGAUGUUGGAAAGGAAGUGGAAGCGCUAUCAAGUGAGCUCAAGUUGAUGAGUUUAUGGGCAAUUGAAGGGGAGCUAAGUGAGCCUUUAGGCAUGCGUUCCGUAAACCAGGCAGGUUUACUCGCACGGAUCAGACAGGAGCAACAACGUGAUGAAAAGUUAAAAGGGAUCAUCGCAGAAGUCAAAAAUGAAGAAGCUCCAAAUGAAAGUGGCUAUCAUGUGGGGGCAGAUGAUACACUAUUACUUAAUGAGAGGAUAUCAGUACCACAGGGAGAAGGGCUACGAGAUGAGAUUUUGAAGUCGGCGCAUCACUCGUUACUCAGUAUCCAUCCCAGGAGUACGAAAAUGUAUCGAGAUAUCCGAAGGUAUUACCAUUGGCCAGGAAUGAAGAAAUCAGUGGCGCGAUGGGUGGCUCAAUGUCAAACUUGUCAACAAGUCAAAUUCGAGCAUCAGAUUCCAGGAGGAUUGUUACAAAGCUUACCAGUACCUCAGUGGAAAUGGGAUUUCGCAUCCAUGGAUUUCAUCACUGGGUUACCCCCGGCUCGAGGUAGAUCAAAUAACGCAAUAUGGGUGAUUGUCGACAGACUGACGAAGGUGGCGCACUUGUUACCGAUGAAGGAAACCGAUAAGGUAGAAGUAUUGGCAGAGAUGUAUGUGGACCAAAUUGUGAGGUUGCAUGGUAUGCCAACAAAUAUUGUCUCCGAUCGAGAUCCUAGAUUCACCUCAAAUUUUUGGAAGGCGUUACAAGAAGCAGUGGGAACUAAGUUAUUCAUAAGCACCGCGUAUCAUCCCGAGACGGACGGCCAAACCAAAAGAACCAUUCGCACCAUAGAGGAUAUGAUGCGGAUGUGUAUAUUGGAUUGGGCGGGAAGCUGGGAAAAGCAUUUACCAUUAGUCGAAUUCUCCUACAACAACAGCUUUCAUUCUAGCAUAGGUAUGGCACCAUAUGAGGCGCUUUAUGGGGGACCAUGGAAAACACCUUUAUGCUGGACCGAAGUUGGAGAAAGAAGAGAGUUUGGGGAAUUGUAG